AUGGCCACCAAUUCAUCACCCAGCAUAGACCCCCUUCUCGCCCUCCGCCAAUCCCUCCUCUCCAACAACCCCCCACGACCGACAACCUCCUCCCCGACCCACCCACCCACCGACACCGAAACCGACCUCGAUCUCGCCAAAGCCACCCACCUGUACUUCCCGCAUACCCCGAGCAGCAGCAGCAGCAGCAGCCCCCAGACCAUCCCCCUCAACACCCCGACGCGCUUCGUCUCCAGCACGACAGGCGAGGCCGUCGACCUGCGCAGUAUCUUCUUCGCGUGGCUGAAGAAGGACGUUGCGAUCCCGGAGUAUAUCGCCGAAGCGGAGGGGCUGAACCAGGCCCUCAAGGAGAAGCGGAAGGAUGACCCCGAGCAGCCUGAAGAAAAGGUCCAGAAUCUGGUGUUCGUCGAGCGACUCGAUCUCCUGACGUGGCUGGAGGGCGCGUCCGAGGAUAGUGAGUACAUCAAGCCUCUCGAAGGCGAGGCCGCUGCCAAGGCGGCCGCGGCCGUGGCAAUGGCUGCUGCUACAGCUGCCGCUGCCGCUGCGGGCCAGCACGGUAGUCGGGCGGCCAAGGUGAUUGAUCCGAGGCUACAGGAGAUUUACAAUGGGGAGAGGAAGAUGGGGGAUCGGAAUAGUGUGUUGAGGGGGAUUAAGCCGACGGACUUUUCCCAUGUGCGCAAAACCGCAGAAACCAUCUUGGGUCGGAACCGGUCGUCACGAACGGGUCAAUAUCCCGCGGGUGUCACCAAGCCUGGCAGCAAGCCGACCUCCUCCUCCUCUUCUUCUAUGGUGCCGGUGCCCGCGCCGUCCGCCGGUCUCUCGCAACCCCGAAGCAGCAAGAGCAGCUCCAAGACGCAGGAUCCGAUCAUCCUGCUGUCGCCUUCCGCAUCGUCUCUUAUCCGCAUGUCCAAUGUGCGCUCAUUCCUCGAGGAGGGCGUCUUCAUUCCGCCCGAUCACCCCACGCUGGCGACGGGGACGAACAGCAACAUUCUCUAUAUCAAUCGACCCCUGCGCAUCCAAGGCAGCUCCUCUAAUACCCCUCUCCCUCACUCCAGGUCCAGCGCGUCCUCCUCCGGCUCUCGCAAGCCCACUCGCUUCAUCCUGGUGGACAGCACCGCCAACUUCCGGCCGGAUUACUGGAACCGCCUGGUGGCCGUCUUCACCACGGGUCAAACCUGGCAGUUCAAAUCUUACAAGUGGUCUUCUCCGCCCGAGCUGUUCAAACACGCCACGGGUGUCUAUGUGGGCUGGCGCGGGGAGGACAGUCCGCGCGAGGUCCGCAAUUGGGGUCGUGGGGUCCAGAGCUUCUCGGUCGAGAGAUGGGACGAGAAGGGCGGGGUGAACGGGUCCGGGCGGUGGAGAGAUCGCGAGGUCGUCGAGGGCAUUUGGUCCGCAAUUGAGGAAGGCAUGCGACUGAGAGGCUGGGCGGGCAAGUAAACCUGAAGUAGCCGGUUGUAUCUUUCUGGAUAUGCUUGGGGGAGGGGCGGUUGUUCUGUCAGUGAACAUUAUCUUCACUCGAUCUUCUUCAGGGGGGUUCCCUCGAUUGUGGGAUGUGCUGGUGUGGGGUGGGCAGUUGCGCCGAUGGAUCGGUGGACUGAUGGACUGAUGAACAGGCGCGAAGAAUGAUAUCUUGAAACCAAGGACGUUUCACCCUGUU